UGGCCAAACAUUCCGACGUAGCAAUAAUAUCCUGCAAAAAAAAAAGUCUUGAGACUCAGCGAGUUUGUAUUAUUCUAACUACAACAUGGGGUGCAUACCGGGUGGAUGAUUUACAUCGCACGGUCGUAAACGACUUGAAAUAUCGUUCAUCCGGCAGCGGACUGAGCAUGGCUUGACGAUGGUUGUCGGUGUGGCGGCGGUGAUGGAGAUGCGAGCCGUUGCCACAGAGUCCCUUCAAUGCGCGAUGCUUCCACGAGGCGGCGGGGCGACAUCGGGACGCCCCCACUUGGGGUCUCACCUCCUCCAUCCAAGGGUGCGCGCACCCCUUGUCAGGGGGUGGAAGAGGGGUGGAGGGUGGAAGAAGAAGAGGAGGAGGAGGGGGGGGUGUCUCGAACCGGCGAGGGAGCCGCCCCUGCCGUCCGAGCGACGAGUGACGACCACGAAGAGUCGGCGUCAGCUCCGCGGAACGAGCAGCGCGCACCAAACCCCCCAACUCCCAACCCCCAACCCUCUCCCUUCCACGCCGAAGGAGUUCGACGGCCGUGGCAGAACUCAUCCCGCUGGGGACGCAAGUCGAAGUUGAGGGCGGCGCGCAUCGAGACGCAAGACGAGAGAGAGGGGGGGGGAGCGCUUUACUCCGCACCUACCUCGACUCCCCCACCACCACCUCCUCCUCCUCUGCCGCCGUGUGAAGAAGAGAGCUGGGGGGGGGAGGCAAGCAGGGGGGAGCAAGCAGCCCAUGCUGCCCCGUUGAGGGAGCAGCCCGGGGGCUCGCGCCAGGAGGAGGGGAGCCGCGCUCGCAGUCGUCAGCUCCCCUCUCUCUGUCUCUCUCUCCUCUCUCUCUCCUCUCUCUCUGUCUCUCUCUGUGUCUCUCUCUCCUCUCUGUCUCUCCUCUCUCUGUGUCUCUCUCUCUGUCUCUCCUCUCUCUGUGUCUGUCUCUCCUCUCUCUGUGUCUCUCUCUCUGUCUCUCUCUGUGUCUCUGUGUCUCUCCUCGCGGCACUCGCCCGCCCGCAUGGCGGGAGCCGAGGCGUGCGUGCACUCUCCCCGACGCCUCGACCCGCUCGCCGUGGCCGAACCGCUGCGCAAAGGCAACAAGUUUCUCAAAUGGGAGGAGGAAACCAACUCGCUGGCGGCCGUGACCCUCAUGGUUGACCCCAAGGGUUACUUCCUCUACUGGACCGACCAGAACAAGGAGACAGAAUGCCUGGAGAUAACGAGCAUCAGGGACACGCGGACCGGACGCUACGCCAAGGUGCCCCGGGAACCUCGCUUCCGCGAGUCGGUGGAGUCGUUCACGGGGCCGCAGAUGGAGACGCAGACGCUCACGGUGGUGUCCGGGCCCGACCUCGUCAACACGGCCUUCCUCAACUUCACCAGCUUCACCGAGGGCGUGGCCCAGGUGUGGGUGGAGGAGCUCUUUAACUUGGCAACGAACCUACUGGCGCAGAGCGCCUCCCGAAGGACCUUUCUCGACAAAGUGUACACGAGGCUGAUGAUAAGGCUCAACCAGGAGGAGAAGAUUCCCGUGCGCAGUAUUCUCCGCACGUUCCCCGCGGACAAGCGGCGCGUGGAGAAGGCGCUGGCGCACUGCGGCCUCCCGUCCGGCCGGAACGACGUCAUAAACCCCGUAGACUUCUCACCGUCCGUUUUCUGGGACUUUGUCAACCAGCUGUGUCAGCGCACCGACAUCGACAGCAUCUUCGCUGAGAGUGGAGCCAAGAACAAGCCGUACCUGACGCUGGAUCAGUUCACGGACUUCGUGAACUCGCGGCAGCGCGACCCGCGGCUCAACGAGCUGCUCUUCCCACCGCUGCGGCCGGCGCAGGUGCAGCUCAUGAUCGACAAAUACGAGCCCAACAGCAACCUCGCUCGCAAGGGGCAGAUCUCGGUAUCGGGGUUCAAGCUCUACCUGCACGGUGAUGAGAACAGUGUCAUUCCGCCCGAGAAGCUGGACGUCAACGAGGACAUGAGCUGCCCCCUGUCGCACUACUUCAUCAACUCGUCCCACAACACCUACCUGACCGCGGGGCAGCUGAAGGGCUGCUCCACGGCGGAGAUGUACCGCCAGGUGCUGCUGUCGGGCUGCCGCUGCGUGGAGCUCGACUGCUGGAAGGGGCGCACGGCGGACGAGGAGCCGAUCAUCACGCACGGCUUCACCAUGACCACCGAGAUCCUCUUCAAGGAGGCGAUCGAGGCGAUUGCGGAGAGCGCCUUCAAGACGUCGUCCUACCCGGUCAUCCUGUCCUUCGAGAACCACGUCGACUCGCCCAAGCAGCAGGCUAAGAUGGCGGAGUACUGCCGACAAGCGUUCGGGGAGGCCCUGGUCACGGAGCCUCUAGAAAAAUUCCCGCUGGAGCCGGGCGUGCCGCUGCCGAGCCCCGGGGAGCUGCGUGGCCGCGUCCUCGUCAAGAACAAGAAGAAGCUGCUGGUGCGCGCGGGCGACGCACGGCGCCGCCUCGAGGGGGUUCCCUCCAACUCGCCCAGCGAGUCGAGCCUCGGGGAGCUCCCGGGAGCCACUGGCUCCGAGCUGCCCGACAUCCCCCAGUCGCCCCUGGCGCCCGGCAGCCCCGACGGCUCUGGGCGCAGCUCCGACUGGCACAAGUCCGGCUCCUUCAGCCGCUCCAUUGCAGAGGUGCUCGAGGGCGGCAGUGACGAGGAUGACUACACUGAGGAGGAGCUCAAGAAGGCCACGACCGACGAGGGCACGGCCAGCAUCGAAGUGAGCGCCACGCAGGAGAUGUCGAACCUCGUGAGCUACGUGCAGCCCAUCAAGUUCGACUCCUUUGCCGACGCCAAGCGGAGGAACCGGAACUUCGAGAUGUCGUCGUUUGUGGAGACGAAGGGGGCCGAGCAGCUCACCAAGUCUCCUGUGGAGUUCGUCGAGUACAACAAGACGCACCUGAGCCGCAUCUACCCCAAGGGCACGCGCGUCGACUCCUCCAACUACACACCGCAGCUCUUCUGGAACGCCGGCUGCCAGAUGGUGGCCCUCAACUUCCAGAGUCUGGACCUCGCCAUGCAGCUCAACAUGGGCAUGUUCGGCUACAACGGGCGCAGCGGCUACCUGCUCAAGCCCGAGUUCAUGCGGCGCUCUGACAAGCACUUCGACCCGUUCACUGGCAGUACCAUCGACGGCGUCAUCGCCAACACCGUAUCCAUCAAGGUGAUCUCGGGGCAGUUCCUGGUGGACCGCCGCGUGGGCACCUACGUGGAGGUGGACAUGUUCGGGCUUCCCGUGGACACCAAGCGCAAGAUGUACCGCACGCGCACCAGCCGCGACAACAACCCCAUCAACCCCGUGUGGAACGAAGAGCCUUUCGUCUUCAAGAAGGUGGUGCUGCCGGCGCUCGCCUCGCUGCGCAUCGCGGUGUUCGAGGACAGCGGCAAGUUCAUCGGCCACCGCAUCCUCCCAGUCUCCGCCAUGCGUCCAGGAUACCACCACAUCUGCCUGCGCAACGAGAGCAACCAGCCCCUCACCAUGCCGACCAUCUUUGUGUUCAUCCAGGUCAAGGACUACGUCCCCGAUGCCUUUGAGGACAUCAUCAGCGGGCUCUCCAACCCCAUCCGCUACCAGAGCCUCAUCGAGAAACGAGCGCGACAGCUGCAGAUGCUUUACAUGGACGAGCUGGAGGAGAAGAGGCCCGCGCCUGCAGACGGCGCCGGUGGGACGUGGCCGGGCACGGGGCUGGCGGCGGAACCGCUGGUGUCGGACCGGCGAGCGUCGGCGGGGAGGGGGGACGAGCUGACCACGACGGCGCGGCCGGGCGGCAAGGAGGAGCGGAGGAACGCCAACGGCGCGGCGCCGCGGAUCGGGGCCUCCUGGAGGACGAGCAGCCUGACGCCGUUCGGCUCGGCCCUGCUGCAGGAAGCCCUGGGGUUUUACCCUUCAUCUCCGAGGAAGGAGAACAUCAUCGGUGUCCUUCGAGAGCUGCGGCCAGCGUCGCUGGAGGAGCUGAAGCAAAGCCGGGCGCUGGUGAAGCUGCGGAGCAAGCAGCACAAGGAUCUGCAGGAGCUGGCGCGCAGGAAUGUGAAGCGCGCCGCCGAGACGGCCAAGGAGCACGCGGCGCAGCUUGCAGCGCACGCCGACCAACAGCAGCGCCGCCGCACCUUCGCCGAGCGCAAGACCUUCUACGCCCGCAGCCUGCUGGGGGGCGGAGCGUCCGCGGAGGCGCGAGCAACGGCGGCCGUGGGGCAGAAGGCGCUCGAGGUGGCCGAGCUGCGGCGCCGGCAGCGCGAGGAGCUGCGGACCCUCCGCUUGGAGCAGCGCACGGUCGAGAGGGAUCGCUCCCUGCAGUACACUGCGCAGUUCUAUGAGCGGCUGCUGGUGGCGGCGCAGGACAGCCAGGCGACGCUGCUCAAGAAGCUGACGGAGACGAGCGAGAAGGAAAAGAGGGAGCUCAAGAAGCAGAUGGAUGUCCUGCGGCUCGGCAAGGUGGAGGCCGCCUGCAAGGAGGUCAAGGACAAGCAGGAGUUGGAGAGGCACAAGGAGCAAAUCACCAACGCCCAUAUCCAGGAGGGCGUGGUGAAGCUCAAGACGCUGCUGGAGUCCCAGAAGAAGCGUCAGGAGCGCAUCGAGGAGAAGCACCAGCAGGUGGUGGCUGCUGUGAAGCAGGAGGAGCAACUGUGCCGCAGGGAGGUUGAGCGUGCAUUUGAGGAGUGGCUCCAGUGCCAGUCGGAGGGGGCAGAGAGCGGCCGCCAGGAGCAGAUGGCACGGCCGUGACGUGCAUGCCCCCCCCCCCACGAUGGGCACACUGAGAACACCACAGCAAGACCUCUCUCCCACACCACCUCUUGCCCAUUCCACAUCACCAGCUAUCCUUUUUUACUUUAUUUAUUUCUUAAUCAUUUUGUACAACUUCUCCAAAAAGGGUUUUCUUUGGGAACUUUUUGUAUCACCGUUUUGUAUUUUCCCCGUCUCUGUUGAACGUUGUCUGCUUUGGGAGGGGUUCCCGUGAGAGUUGUGUUGCUGCCUUUGCUGCUGUGGCAGGGGAACUGUGGGGGCAAAACCGCAGCCCUUACUCCCCGCCUGGUUUGCGAACGCCUCUCCCUAACGUUGUUGGUGUCACGGAGCUCCUGUGCUGCCACUUUCCCCGUGGCAGCGUUCGCGGUUUGUCGCUUGCUGCUGGUUCCUCCUGGGUGGACGUAGCCACCGCCGCUGCUGGCGCGCCUCCCCCCCACCCCACCUCUCCCCUGUGGUCGUCCACGGAUUCGUGAUGAUCACAGUCGCUGCUGCCGUCUCCCGUGAGCCAUGCGAGACGUGGCUGCACUGAGGCUCCAUCUGCGCGAGGGUUCUGCACGUCGUGUGUGCGUUCCGUACGCGCGUUUGUACAAAGUUGAAUAAAUGCACGGACUGCACGCCACGCUGCCUCCAGCC